CGCGCCUACGGACUAUAAAAGUAGCGCGCGGAGCACGGCGCGCCACCACGCCUCCUCCGAAGCCUCCAGCACCUACGUGCGUUUUCCUUCGGACUCCAGCCCAGCCGCCGCCCUUCUCGCCAUGGACCCCAACUGCUCCUGCGCUGCCGGCGGCUCCUGCACCUGCGCCGGCUCCUGCACGUGCAAAGAGUGCAAAUGCGCCUCCUGCAAGAAGAGCUGCUGCUCCUGCUGCCCCGCGGGCUGUGCCAAAUGCGCCCACGGCUGCGUCUGCAAAGGGGCGUCGGACAAGUGCAGCUGCUGCGCCUGAUUGCGCCGAGCCCUGCUCCCACGUGUACAUAGAACGACAGAAACAACCUGGACCUUUUUUUUUUUUUUUUUAAAUAACUGUGACCCAUUUGCAAAGUUUCGUUUUGUAUGAAGUUAUGUGACUGACAAUAAAGUUGUUGACUUGA